CAUCUAACGAUCAUCAUGACUUCACGAACACCCGAAGCAACCCUCUUCCUGCAUGCCACCAUCAUCACCAUCAACAACACCCGCGAGAUCAUCCGCGAUGGCUUCCUCCUGGUCAAGGACACCCGCAUCGCGGCGAUCGGCAACUGUCCCGUCCCAGCCGACAUUACCCCCGAGACGACGAUAGACUGCACCGGCAAGAUCAUUAUCCCCGGGCUAAUCAACACACACGCGCACCUCGUCCAGUCGCUCCUGCGCGGCCUCGCCGAAGAUCUCCCCCUGCACAACUGGCUCUGCGACGCCAUCUGGCCGCUUGAAUCCUCUUACGCGGAAAAGGAUGGCUACCACGCCGCCCGCCUCACCAUCGCCGAGAUGCUCAAGACCGGAACAACCUGCUUCCUCGACCCAAUGAUCACCCACCGCGCAGGAUGGGAGAAUGUAUGCGACGCAGUAGGAGAGAUGGGAAUCCGGGGAUGCUUGAGCAAACUGGUCAAAUUCCCCGAAACGAACCGGCAACUCUCCAUCACCGACCCACGCGACAAAGACCUCCUCGCGAUGUCCAUCCCAUCCCUCAUCUCCGCCCACUCAACCCACCACAGCACCCACCACAACAGACUCCACGUCUGGGCCGGGGCGGGGACACCGCGCGGCGCCCCAAUAUCCCUCUUCCGGGGGCUAGGCGACGCAUGCGCCGAACACGGUAUCUCCAUAACGAUGCACUGCGCGGAAGCGCCUAAAGACCGAGACAUCUACCACGAGGUAUAUCACUGCAGCGCGAUGGAAUUCAUCCGGGAUGCAAAUCUCUGUGGACAGACUCGGGAUGAUGGGGAAGCGACCCAUAAUCUCGUGCUGGCACAUAUGGUGAAUCUGGAUCUCGAUGUCGAUCUUCCUCUUUUAGAGGAAACGAAGACAUCGGUGGCGCAUAACCCGAGUUCGAACCUCAAGCUCGCGUCGGGCGUAGCGCCCGUUCCGGAGAUGUUGGCACCGGGAUAUAAGAUCAAUGUGGGGCUGGGGACAGACGGUGCGCCUUGUUCGAAUCACUACGAUAUGAUGCAGGAGAUGCAUCUCGCGUCGAUACUCCAUAAGGGUGUUCGUCAUGAUGCGGGGGUAGUGAAGGCUGAGAUAGCGCUAGAGAUGGCAACGAUUAACGGGGCGAGGGCUUUGGGUUUGGAAGGCGAUAUUGGGAGUUUGGAGGUGGGGAAGAAGACGGAUUUGGUGGUGCUGGAUCCGUAUGGAAGGGGUGGAAUUGGGGCAGCGCCUUGGGGGUGGGAGAAUGAGGAUGAGGGGGGUGUCUCUGCUAUCACGACUGUCGUGCAUGGAUGUACGGGACGAGAUGUGGAGAUGACGAUGGUGGAUGGAAGGGUGCUUGUUGCUGAUGGGGUGUUAGUCGACGGGGGGCGAGAGAAGGAGAGGGAAAUUGUUCAUCAGGCGAGGAUGGCGAGUCGGGGGAUAAGGGGACGGUGUGGAUGGAAGGUUGGCAAGUAG